UAUAUUAGGACUUCGCGCGGAACAGGUAUUAAAUACGAGUUCUCAAAUACGCGGUACCGGUACGCGUACGAAUACCAGUUGCAACGCUCGUAACGGCAGAAACGUGUACGGCGAAGUGCGGUCGACUCGUCGAUGCGCAGCUGUCCGCGCCGCGCUUGUCAAUUUUAAGUUUUCCGAAUCGCGUGUGUAAAUAAACAAAUUAUUUUACUUUUCAUUGCGAAUAAUAUAAUGAAGUGAUACAAAUGUUUGUUUAUAACCGUGUUUACUAACAGUGGAGCGUUUGAAUAAAACCGUAACCGCUUCUCGCAAUGACAAGGGAGAGCACUCUGUUACCUUUUGAGAAACCCGGAGGCAUUACAAUGUUUCAUGUGGCCUAAUUGAUGCCUCGUAUUUGCUGAUAAGUGUAUACGUUGAUUUCAAGGACUAUUGUGAAUCGUUCGGAAGUAUUAUAAUCUUUGUUUCGAGUUUAUCGACUCGGCCGUCAGUCGUCAAGAGUACACGUUGAAAAUGAGUGUUAUAAGUGGUUUGAGUAAAGCUGAUUUCAAGACGGCGAGUGAUGGGCUGCUGGAGCUCUCCGAGGAGAGGCUCCGCAGUAUCAUGCGCACGGAGCCGAUCACAGACGUCUACCACGUGGAACAGACUCCCUUUGCAAGGGGCAAGUUCGCAUCAGUCCGCAAGAUUCGCCACCUGGUCUCCGGCGAGGAGUACGCAGCCAAAUUCAUCCGCAAACGGAGACGCGCCGCCGACAGCUCCAGGGAGAUACAACAUGAGGUCGCUGUCCUAGCGCUGUGCGCGGGUUGCACACGCGUCGUCAGACUACAUGAGGUCUACGAGACACGUUCCGAAGUGGCCAUAGUCCUGGAGCUAUGCGCAGGCGGCGAACUCCAGCGUCUCCUAGAUGAAGAGGAACGUCUUUCCGAAGGCGCCGCGCGCCGGGCGCUCCGCCAUGUCCUGGAAGGCCUGGCACAUCUACACGCACGUCGCAUCGCACACUUGGACUUGAAACCACAGAAUCUGCUCCUCACUGGAGGGGGAGAAGAGCUACUUAUUUGCGACUUUGGAAUCAGUCGGGCUAUCCAGUCCGGAGCGCAUGUUAGAGAGAUUUUGGGCACGAGGGAUUAUGUUGCACCAGAAAUCCUGUCCUACGAGCCGCUGUCCCUAGCCGCCGACAUGUGGUCGGUGGGCGUGCUGGCCUACGUGCUCGUCAGCGGCUACUCACCCUUCGCGGGCGAGACCAAGCAGGAGACCUACCUGAACAUCGCGCAGUGCCAGCUCAGCUUCCCGAGGGACCUUUUCCGCGGGGUCUCGCAGAGGGCCAUGCAGUUUAUCAGGGACACACUUGUCGUGGAUCCUAAGGGUCGUCUUACAGUGGAAGAGUGCCUGGAGCACCCCUGGCUCAAAGACGACGCCGACAUCCCGCGCGCCAUCGUCGGGCUGGGCUUCGACACGGCCGCCAGCGACGCCGACUCCGACGAGACACAGGAGAAUGGGGUUAAUGGGGUCCACGGGAGCGGAGUUAACGGACACAAUGGCAUGAAUGGAUACAGCAACGGGACCAACGGGACGAACGGGACACAUGAUGAAGAAAAAGAGCGCGCGGCCGCGCCGGCGGAGGAGCGGGGCGCGCCGCUGAAGCACGCGCACGCGCGCGACCCGGCGCCGCCCUUCCCCGACGCGCCCUCCACGCCCAAGGUGAGGAUCUUGGUAUCCCGCAAAUCGCUGCCGUCGCCUCCUUCCGUGCUGGCGCUGUGCAAGAAGUUCCAGCCGGACUACGAGAAGCCGGCGGCGGCGGCGCGCGCCUGCGCGUGCGGCGCGUGCUGCGCGUCCGCCUGCCCGGCGCCGUGCCCCGCGCCCUGCCUGCGCCUGCGCCUGCCGCCCGCGCGCGCCGCGCAGGACCGCGCGCUCAUCUGCUAGCGCCUGCUCCGCGCCGGCGCCUGCUGCCUGCGCUGGCCUAGGGGACGCUGCAGUUAAAGGUGGACUUUUGAACGAAACGGUUAAUGUUAUAUUGAUUCGUUACAGGCGCGCGAGUUCAUACAAUUAAUUGGUCUAUUCCCAUUUGUCUGAGCUCCACGUGACCGCGGUCAUACAUGAGGCGGGGAUGGAUAUGAAUGAUUCAUAUGAAUGCAUCCAUUCCCACCCGUACCGGGCAGGAACAAAUAGGUAGACACCGAUUAGUUGCACGGUGUAGCCGUAGCGUAAACGCUGCGUGAUUACGAAUAGGAUUCUCCAGCGCCGCACGAUCCUUCUCUAAUACUAGAACCAUUAAAUUAACUCCAAUCAAAUGUCAGUCAUUUUAAUUUGAAAAAGUAGAGUUACAGUUGUUUUAUUUCCUUCAAUUUUAAAACAAAACUAUUUUUUAACACUAUUCCUUUAAAUUGCACUGCCAGUUUCCCUUAAUGGCUAUUUUGUUCAAAAGUCUAACUUUACGCAAAAUCUCGCCCUCGUCAGCUAGCGCGAAUGCUUCUGACACAAGCAUACUAGAGGGCGCUAUAGUUAUUGAACGUAUUCAACUUGAAUGUAUAUAUUUUCUCUUUUUCAGAACUUGUACUUAAAGUUUUUGACCGGUAAAACGAUCAAAUAUAAACGUAAGAAUUAACAAAAAUAUUAGUUACUGGUAUAGUUAUCUAUUUCGGUCACUAACUCAGCACUUGUAAAUUCUGAAAAAAGAGAAAGACAGUUUAAAACUGCCCGGUGAAGAAAGUGAUAUGUCUUAGUAAUUUAGUCUUUGACCGAUUAAUAAAAUACUGAUGUUUCAGUACCAAUGUGAACUGAUAAAAUUACUACUUACUAAAGUGAACGAAAGUAGAAUGAUAAUAAAAUAAAUUGUUCAAAAGUAUUUGUGACUUCAAAAUUUGUAAAAAUAUUCAUCAUUAAUUAAAUGGAACAUGCUUUUGUAAGUCAAUAACUUUUGCUUUAUCUAACAAACAUCUAUUGAAAAAGUAAGAGAUAAGGUUAAUAUUAUUUGAAAUUAAAGUAAGUAUUUUUCCCAGUGGCCUUAAAAUAUAUAACGUUUGUAGAGAAUUAUGUAAAAUUUGACGGAGGUACAACGUAAUCUUAUAUUUGUAUAAUAUUUCGGUAAUAUUGGAACUCAAUCUGUUUAUAUGUAGUUUUCUAUACCUAAUACAUACACUUAAUUCUAGGGAACUUUAGGCAUAUACUUGUAUGUAUAUAACUGCGAAAUUCAGAUGUAUAUGAACCUAAAUUAAGAGUUUAUAGCGGUAUGAGAACUACAUAAUGUUUUGUAAAAUACUUUAAUUGUAUCCACAUUGGGUUUAUUACUUUCGUUCACUGCUGUUACAAACCUUGCCAGUUCUUAAGGCCUUAAAAGUAGUUUAUAUGACUGCCACAUAACGAAAGGCAUUAUAUUAAGAACGUGGGUUUAUGAAACGACCGAAGUGAGUUUCAUAAUAAGAUCACACGAGUGUUUUAAUGUCUAAUUAUGUACAGUUACAUAAGAUGUUACCUGGAAGUUUUUUGACGUUUGUAAGGGUCGCUACUCGAUUAGAACCUUGUCGUUUUAACUAAACUAUGUCCCGUUAAGAAAUUAUGUCAAAUGAGUUAAUACGACGAAGUACUAACGUAUACGCCGGGCAGUCGCCAUUUUCUUUAUGACAUGUAUUAUAAAAGCGUACUUAGGUAUUAUUGUGAUGGCCUACAAAGGCCUAAGUGUAAAGAGGUCAUUUUAAAGUACGGCAGAUACGUCGUGGCUAAGGGGUUCAAAACAGAAUUGCUCAUUUUAGAGGGAGCUUUUGGCACAGGUUCAGAUCACAGGCAGAUUUUUAGCUUAAAUUUUUUCUUUUGAUCGCCGAGUCAUAUUAAAAAUGACGAGCGAAUGCGCGCAAAUAUAAAACUUAUUUGAAAUUAUGAAGGUUACAUUAACAGCGUACGGUUUAACAUAUAAGCGUUCUUGGCGUUGUGGACACAAAUGCUCACGACGAUUCAUUCUUAGCGUUCAACAGCUUAAUUCUGACAUAGAAAAAAUAUUGACGGGUGGGUUCUUUCAUGAUAUUUUCAUGGGAAAUUUUUCAAUAUCAACUUUGGUACUUUAAUAUGUGGUUUGGAAAUAAAUGAAAGAGAUUUCUUCUCUUAUGAGUUAGUUUUGAACCCCAUGAUGCAUGUUUAUAUUAACGCAAGUUGCGAUUAUGACACGCUAGCCUACUCGGCUCUUUCUCUCGUUGUACAUUAGAAAAGGAUAACGAAUGCACUAGCGUGGUGUAAGCUUCGGUCAUAGAGGCUAGAGAAGUGGGCUGUUUCAGUUUUGAAAUCGUCUUAAACUUAACACACAAGUCCGUAAAUGAAUAUAAUUUUAUUUUUGGCUAGCUGAAGUUGAGGCGGGUUUAAAUAUAGAUUAUCAACGCUCAUGUCGGAUUUUGUUUCAGUGUGUUGAUGGCGAAUCAUUAAAACGGCUUACUUUUCUAUUCCACUCUGACCUUUUGACUUCGUCACUACUUCAGAAAAGGAAGUAAAACACGCGCAGUGAUGUAAAUACGUAGUUAUAGUUAGGUUAGUCUCACGAGUUGUAUAUUUUUAAUUAGUAGGGGCCCGAUUACACGUACACCGAACAAAGGAGAAUUAACGUUUGAUUUGUAAUCGAAACUACAUAAGCUUGAAGUACAAAUACUUGUAGUUAUAGAUUCGUGUACAAUUCGAGCUCUUUUAAACGGUUGCUUAGGGAAGUCGCUCGAGUGACAGCCCUAGUAUACCUUUUUUAAUGUUUAAGGAAAUGAAGUAUCUAUUUUGUUUUAUUAAGCUAGAUUACGCUUACUCUUAACCGGAGUUAAGGGCUAGUUCGUGCGAUCGCGCUCCUACAGUGAUGGUACAAAAUGCAUAAUUAUACGCGGACGGGGGCUUGCAUAUGUGUUCUUAAGUUUAACCCUGGGCUGGGCUGGCCUUUGUAAAUACUGCCCUCUUAUGUACGGCCUUUGGCACACUGUUGAAAGUAGAACUUAUUAAACUCGAGUGUUUUUAAUUCAACUAUUUUAAAUCGCGUGUGCCCAAGGCCCCUAGCCGCUCAGCGUUCACUUACUUAGAUAUUAAUAUUGUUAAUGUGUCGAUCACAUCUAGUGACAUUAUAUUGUAGUGUCUAAGUGUUUAGACGAUUUUAACAGAGGUAUUGUAUACGUAGGUAUGUAGGAUACCGCGUUGACCCUGUGUGGGACCAAAAUUAGUCGCAAAUUCCUUAAUGUUGUUCGUGUUUGUACGAUAUUGAAAUUUUACCCGAUUCUGGGCUGUUGAGUUUGAGCCGUGGAGCGACUUGCGAACGCUCUCGACGUGUCGGCACUGUCGUGUCGUCGCGCCUCGUAAGAGCUGUUGUGAUCCAUAACUAAUUUGUAAAAAUAAAUUAUUGUGAUAUAAAA